GUUCUACUCUCUGCUUCGUUUCUUCAUAUUCCAGAAACCCGCCGGAAAGUUGAUAAGUUCUCAUCCUAUCAACAAUGGUAGGAUUUGAUCUUGGCUCCGUACCGUUCAAUUCUGACGGAUGGGGUCCACCGGAUUCUUCCGUCUCCGUUGCAAACCAAAUCUCUAACGCCCCUUUUGCCCCUUUCUCCCGCUCCGACAAGCUCGGCCGGAUCGCUGAUUGGACUCGCUCUCUCUCAAACCGACCUGGAUCCAACUCGAAGCAAAACCCUACUGAUUCCGCUUUCGACUUCUCCGGUGACGACUCCUUCGCUACACUCACCGCCGACGAAGAUUCAUCUUUCCGUCUCGUUGAUACUGCCGCUAAAUCCCAUCACCAUGGACAACAUCGUCCGAAGUUCAACCCUAGGUGGCGGUUCAAUCCUCAUAAUAACCGUUCUCAGCUUCCACAGCGGCGCGACGAGGAAGUCGAAGCCAAAAAACGUGAGCAAGAGAAAGAAAGAGCCCGUCGGGACAGAUUGUAUAAUCUCAAUCGUUCAGGCACCAAUGCUGGCCAGAGAAGAGAAUCUGCGGUGUUCAAGUCAUCAGUUGAUAUUCAGCCUGAAUGGAACAUGCUUGAUCAGAUCCCGUUUUCUACCUUCUCAAAGCUUUCGUUCUCCGUUCCAGAGCCUGAAGACCUGCUAAUCUGCGGUGGCCUUGAGUUUUACGACCGGUCCUACGACCGUAUUACUCCAAAGAACGAACGUCGUCUGGAGAGGUUCAAGAACAGGAAUUUCUUCAAAAUUACUACUACUGAUGAUCCUGUUAUCCGCCGUUUGGCUAAUGAGGAUAAAGCUACUGUUUUCGCCACAGAUACAAUCUUGUCUACUUUAAUGUGUGCUCCCAGGUCUGUUUACUCAUGGGAUAUUGUUGUUCAGCGUGUUGGGAAUAAGUUGUUUUUCGACAAGCGUGAUGGGUCACAGCUGGAUUUGCUUUCUGUGCAUGAAACUUCGCAAGAACCAUUACCUGAUGUGAAGGAUGAUAUCAAUUCAGCUUAUUCUUUGAGUGUCGAGGCUGCUUACAUCAAUCAGAAUUUCUCGCAACAGGUGCUGAUUAGAGAUGGGAAGAAGUUGAGUUAUGAUGAGCCAAAUCCGUUUGCAACUGAAGGGGAAGAGGUGGCAUCGGUGGGUUACAGAUAUAGGAGGUGGAAGUUGGAUGAUGAUACAUAUUUGGUGGCACGAUGUGAAGUGCAGAGUGUUGCUGAAGUGAACAACCAGAGAUCAUUCCUGACUCUGAAUGCCUUGAAUGAGUUUGAUCCUAAGUACUCUGGUGUUGACUGGAGGCAGAAGCUGGAGACACAAAGGGGUGCUGUGUUAGCUACUGAGUUGAAGAACAAUGCUAAUAAACUUGCUAAAUGGACUGCACAAGCACUGUUAGCUAAUGCUGAUAUGAUGAAGUUGGGUUAUGUAUCAAGAGUUCAUCCUAGGGAUCAUUUUAACCAUGUGAUAUUAGCUGUUGUAGGAUAUAAGCCUAAGGACUUUGCUACACAAAUUAAUUUGAACACAUCAAACAUGUGGGGUAUUGUGAAAAGUAUUGUGGACUUGUGUAUGAAGUUGAAUGAAGGGAAAUAUGUGCUUGUUAAGGACCCAACCAAGCCACAAGUUAGAAUUUACGAGGUGCCUCCAGAUGCGUUCGAGAAUGACUAUGUUGAGGAGCCAUUGCCAGAAGAUGAACAGGUUCAGCCUCCUACAGAAGAUGCACAAGGUGCAGAGGCAAACGCGGCUGCAAGUGAAGUAGAGGAAAAGGAGACUAGCACUGAGGCUGCAUAAGGGUAAUCUGAUACUGCACUUGCAUGAUAGUCCUUACUCUCAAUAUUAAUCUCCUGUUCUUGUAGUUUUAAGAACAAUUGCUAUAUUAGUUU